UUAUCCAAAUGAUUGAUGCAUUUAUUUUGGUGAUUCAAUUAAUAAAUUGUAACCGAAAAGGAAAUGAACAUUUCGUCAUGACAAGGAAGUGAAUGGGGCGCUCGAUAAAUUCGGCAAGUUAACAACAGAUGGCUACACCAUACACCGUAUGCAUUUCAUUAGAUUUCAUGUGGAUAGAUUUCGCAGACAAACUGAUCCGAAACGAUGUCAAGUUUCUUCUUUAUUGUAUUUUCGGACCCGGUUACCAUGUUCGUUGCCAUUGGUAUGCGUUUGCAUGUAAUGUAUCAUUCGUGUUGCAUCGCAAGUGCCUGAAAUAAAUCAUUUUUUCAAGGGUAAAAAGUAUUUGGUUUAAGUGUUGAGAGCGGUUUCACCAGAACCAUUUUCGCUGAAGCAAUCACUUUUUUGCGAUUGUUUGAUGUACCGAGAAGCAAUGUUUUGAUGGCAGCGUGUUGUUUAUAUAGACUGAUAAAACAAUGAAUCCGUUUACACGAGUGGCAAAUUAUGAAGAGCUCAACAUCAUUGGAACCGGUGCAUAUGGAACGGUUUAUAAGGCAAGAGACUUGAAAAAUCCCGGAAAAAUUGUUGCUCUGAAAAAAGUACGUGUGGCCUUAACUGAAGAUGGUGUUCCAAUGUCAACACUACGUGAAAUUGCUCUGCUAAAGCAGUUGGACGCAUUUAAACAUCCGAAUAUUGUGAAAUUGCUAGAUGUGUGCCAUGGUCAACUGGAACGAGAGCGUCAGCUGGUGUUAUUUUUGGUGUUUGAGCAUUUGGAAGAGGAUUUAGCAGGUUAUCUAAAUCGAGUCGGUGAUCGUGGCAUGUCACCAAAAACAAUUCAGAAAUUCGCCAAGGAGCUCAUGACUGGCGUUGAUUUUCUUCACACACAUCGUAUUAUUCACCGUGAUCUUAAGCCACAAAAUUUACUGGUUUCAGCCGAUGAACAUAUCAAAUUGGCCGAUUUCGGUUUGGCAAAGACUUAUGAUUUUGAAAUGAAACUAACCUCUGUGGUGGUUACACUGUGGUAUCGUGCUCCGGAGGUAUUAUUGAAUCAACCAUACAACAGUGCCGUUGAUAUUUGGAGCUCGGCCUGCAUCAUUGCUGAAUUGUUUUCCCGACGUGCCUUAUUCCCAGGAUCAUCCGAGCGAAAUCAGCUUGAAAAAAUAUUCACGUUGACCGGAACACCGCGACACAACCAAUGGCCAAGUGAAAUUCCGUUACUGAGAGAUCAUUUUCCACAUCGGUCCCAAAAACGACCAAUCGAUCUAUGUCCAGAACUCGAUGAAUACGCUAACGAUUUACUAACACAAAUGCUUGUGUUUGAUCCAUGUCGAAGGCCACCUGCCAUUGAGUGUUUGAAUCAUAUGUUUUUCCUACAAGAACCCAUCUAAAUCUCAAGACAAGAAGUUGAUUUGUAGCAUUUAUACACGUUUAGCAUUUAUUUGCCUUUUUUUAUAUUGUAAGCAUUUUUCUUUUACAAAUGACAAUAAAUGGCUUUAUCUAGCCAACAUUUUCAAA